UCACACAAAAAAAAAGCUGCGCAGUUUUUUUUUAUUCUGUUUUCUGUUUUUUUUUUCGCAGCAAACUAUAAUCGUUGAGGAAAAUCAAUCUUUGAAUUGAAAAUGCCGAUCAUCAAGCUGCAAUCCUUCGACGGGAAGAUCUUCGACACAGACAUCGAAAUUGUCAAGUGCUCCGGCACCAUUAAGACCAUGUUGGAGAGAUGCGGCAUGGAGGACGACGAAAACACCAUUGUGCCGUUGCCCAACGUAAGCUCGACAAUCCUACGCAAGGUUCUGGAGUGGGCCCGUUACCACAAGAACGACCCGAAGCCAAAAGAGGACGAUGAGAGCAAGAACAGACCGAUGCCAAAAGAGGGCUAUGAGAGCAAGGUCGAGCGCACCGACGACAUUAUGCCGUGGGACGCCGACUUCCUCAAAGUGGACCAGGGCACUUUCUUCGAACUGACCAUGGCGGCCAACUAUCUGAACAUCAAGGGCCUGCAGGAGCUCACGUGCAAGACUUUGGCCAACAUGAUCAAGGGCAAGACACCGGAGGAAAUCCGAUUGACCUUAAACAUCAAGAAGGAAAUCACGCCCGACGAGGAGGAGCAAUUGCGCAACGAGAACGAGUGGUCCGAGGAGGUCGAAGUCUAUCGCCCGAAUCCCCAUGACUAAAUUCUGUAUACCAGUUGAAGUACACAGAAGACACACAAAAUAAGCUGCAGCUCCUAGUUCCUGCUUUCCCUAGAUGGUAGAUGCCACUCAUUUCACAUUCUACAUAUGAACCAUUUUUUGUUAGUACAUAUAUACAUACAUAUACAAGCCGGUCGGAUUCUAUCACCCGAAUCCCCAUGACUAAAUUCUGUGUACCAGUUGAAGUACACAGGAGUACACAGAACACACACAGAAUAAGCUGUACCAAGACACGAUUCUGCAGCUCCCUUACUUCCUGGUUUUCCUAGAUGGUAGAUGCCACUCAUUUCACAUUCUACAUAUGAACCAUUUUUUGUUUGUAUAUAUACAAGCCUCAUAUACUACUGAUCUGUCAAGCGGGGUAACAUUGAAGUACACACAAGUAUGGAAUUUAUGAAAAACAGAAGUCUACUCAUAAGAAUU